AUGAGGAUUAAUAAAUCUUUGCCAAAUAAAGAUCAAAUAUACGGAAUCCUACUUGAUAUAAAUCAUGAUUUUGAAAAUGAAAUACAAUAUGAUAAUACAGGUGUGUCAUCAACUAAUGAUCCGGUAUUACGAAAUAUAGCCUUAUAUAUUUCAAAAAUUUAUAACCAUUUUAAUGUUCUUUGUUCGAUACAUUCAUAUCCUAAAGAAGAUUGUAAGGAUAUAUGUAAAUAUAUAAACAAAUGGUUAAACCAAAAAAAAUCCAUUUAUACAUGUGAUAAUCAAUGCAAUUUUAACAAAACACUAUGGGAUAAAUAUAUUGAAGAGUUAUGGAAUAGCUUAGUGAAGAAAGAUGAGGGCAUUGAAUGGUGCUCUAGAGAUAAUGAAGUAAAUACAAAUGCAUUUCCCACAAAGAUGAUUCCGAAUAGUUGUUAUAAAAAUGCUCCCACUGAAUUCUCUAUUAGCUGUGUGGACAAUGAAGUCGUUCGAAUAGUUGAAAGGGUGACAGAAUGUCCCAUUCAUGAUGCUUCGAUAGACGAAAUCUCAACUAGGUUGUCAACAAAAUCUACAAUGAUUGCUUCAGUGGGCUACAUACUUUUUGUAAUGGUUGUAAUUGUUUUUUCAUUUUAUAAAUUUAGUCCCGUUAAAAGCAAUUAUUACAGAAUAAUCGAACGGAUUAAAGGAUUUGGUAAGAGUAAGAAUGAGAAAGAAAUUCAAUGCAAUUUCAAAAAUUGGGGUACUUCUCAAAUGUUUUCAGAAAAUGAUAAUUGCAAAUUACAUUAUAAUAACAGCGUAAUAUAA